CCCGCCCCGUUACCGUCUUCCCUCCCGGCGCCUGUGGCCCAGCGCUCCUUCGGUCUCCGGGCUUGUGGACCCCUGCGGCCGUCGUCCGGCUGGCACCAGGUCGGCUCGGCGGAGGGAGGGCCUGGGCUGUGGGUAGGCGGGAGGGAGGUUGCCUUUCCCCGUCUCCCUCCGGGCCGCCUGAGGCGGGAGGAAGCAGCUGCAAAGUCCGUGGGCGGCAUGGCAGGAGCUCCGGAUGAACGCGGCCCGGGCCCCGCUGCGGGGGAGCAGCUGCAGCAGCAACACGUCGGGUGCCAAGUCUUCCCGGAGCGGCUGGCUCAGGGGAAGCCACAGCAAGGGUUCCUCUCCAGCUUCUUCACCAACAACCAGAAGUGCCAGCUUAUGCUCUUGCAGACGUUGGAGACAAAUCCAUAUGUUAAACUGCUGCUUGAUGCCAUGAAGCAUUCGGGUUGCGCUGUUAACAAAGAAAGACACUUUUCUUGUGAAGAUUGUAAUGGAAAUGUCAGUGGAGGUUUUGAUGCUUCAGUGUCUCAGAUUGUUUUGUGCCAGAAUAAUAUCUGUAAUCAGGCCCAUAUGAACAGAGUGGUCACCCAUGAGCUCAUUCAUGCAUUCGAUCACUGUCGAGCUCAUGUCGACUGGUUCACCAACGUCAGGCACUUGGCCUGCUCUGAGGUUCGAGCUGCUAACCUUAGUGGAGACUGCUCACUUUUAAAUGAAAUAUUCAGGUUACAUUUUGGACUAAAACAACACCAUCAGACUUGUGUGCGAGACAGAGCCAUUCGUUCUAUCCUGGCUGUUAGGAACAUCAGCAGAGAAGUAGCUCAGAAGGCUGUUGAUGAAGUUUUUGAAUCUUGUUUCAAUGACCAUGAACCUUUUGGAAGGAUCCCUCAUAAUAAGACCUAUGCAAGAUAUGCUCAUAGAGACUUUCAAAACCGGGAUCGGUACUACUCAAAUAUAUGAAGACGAUGACAUUUUAUAUUGCAGAGCUUCAGUGAUCAUGAAGAAAGUAUGGUUCCCAAGUGGACAAACAUAAAACGUAAAUGAUCAAUUAAAUACAGAGAAGACACCGAAGAUGCUGAUUCUAGCAUCAGAAAAAGUACCUGUGGUAAGAAAUGAAACUGCCUUAAACUCCAAGGCAAAAAUUGUAUCUUUGUAACUAACCAUUUGGUAAAUAAGGAAAAUAA